UGGAGGCGGUGUGGUGGGCCGAGGAGCCGGCCACGCAGUGGCGCGUGCGCGGCACCGCGUGGCUGCUGGGCCCGGAUAUUGACGGCAACGGCGACGGCGCGCGGGCAGCGCGCGAGGUGCUGCGCGGACGGAUGCGCUCCAAAGACAAUGCCGAGGAUAAUGGAUGGAGCUGGAGCCGCGAGGUCACGGCGCACUUUGGCAAUCUGAGCUCAGUCAUGCGCGGCUCGUUCCGGAACCCGCCGCCCGGCACGCCCGUCACGGACCCCGCGACCCCCGUAGGCCCCGGGCUCGGGCUGGGCCAGACGGUCGACGACCUCGACGACCCCGUGGCCCGCGCGAACUUCCGCGUCGUCGUCAUCGUGCCCACCGAGGUCGACCAGGCCGACCUGUCGGACCCGAAACGCGCGCGGCGCUGGCUCUACGUGUACCGCGGUGGCGCGUCGCACAAACCUAAGCCUGCGCUGCCCGGCGGCGAGGUCAUUGGCGAGUGGGAGAAGGUCGAGGUGUGGCCCUAGAAGGUCGCUUCGUAGUUAGAGUUCUUGAAAUUAGACAAGGAUGCCAUUUGCUGUGAAAAGAAUCACAAAUGAACGGUUAGCUUGUGCUAGCGGUAUCAAAUGUAACGCUAGUUUAAGGAGAUGCCGAUAUUGGAAUAUCUUACAGCUACCUAGGUUCCGGGAAUGUGGCAGUGACCAAGGUACCUGCCCUACUACUACCUUAACUCAACGUACCUCCUGCCAUACAUUAUAGAGACUAGAGAUACACUUUUGGUUGGCAAUCAAACUGAAAUAAUUAUGGAGCGU